AUGUCGAGCGUGAAGAGGAGAGCUUCACAAAUAGAAGACAUAGCGCAGGACACCUUGUCGAGGAAGAAGCUUAUAGAGAUAAAAGAGGACAACAAAGUGCGUGUUGAUGAUAAAACGCCAGAGCAUGAUGAAUCAGAACAUAGCGGCGAAGAUUCCGAUGGCGAGACGCAGAAUACUGUAAGAGCUUCAACUACGGCAGCACAGGAUAUUCAUAUUGCUAAAGAGACGGCAGAGCUAUUCCAGUCGAACAUCUUCAAGUUGCAGAUAGAUGAGUUAAUGCAACAAGUGAAGCUGAAGGACUCUCAUAUCUUGAAGAUGGAAAAAGUUCUACAUAUGUUGCAUGAUAUGAUUAAUGAAGUACCAGAUUGGGAGGAGAAGACAAUGGCAGAAGCGGAUGCAUAUUUUAAGGGGAAAAUAAUCAAGAUACCUUUUGUCGACCCAAAGCCUGAUUUCGAGCAAACAAAUUACAAGGUAAAUUACAAGAGACCAGAGAUUUUAUUGAUUGGUUCGUUCGCACUGAAAGCUGGAAUAAGCCAACCAUCUGGAUCGACUGUGGAUGUGUUGUUGACGAUGCCUGAGGAGCUGUUUGAGAAAAAAGAUUUUUUGAAUUUUAGGUGUUUGCACAAGAGAAGCGUUUACUUGGCGUAUUUGACACAUCAUCUAUUGAUUUUGAUCAAGAGGAAGAAGUUGGAUGAUUUGCUGCAGUUAGAGUAUUCAUAUUUCAAUGGCGACAGCCUGCUACCGGUUUUAAAGAUCUCUUGCAAGGGUUCCGAUAAUCCAGCUAAGGCAGAAUACAAUUUUUACAAGACCAAGUUCUCCAUCAAUCUAAUAAUCGGAUUCCCUUACAAGAUCUUCGAUGCUAAGAAAUUACUUCCCAAUAGGAACUGUAUCCGAGUGGCUCAUCAAGAAGCUGAUGUAUCUCUGCCUGCCACACCACUUUACAAUUUUUCUGUUCUAUCUUCCACCACCUACGAAGCAUACCUAAAGUUUCUGUACAAAACUAAGAAACAAACAGAGUCCUUCAAAGAGGCUGCUAAACUGGGACGAUUAUGGCUUCAACAGCGUGGAUUUUCUUCAAAAAUGGCACAUUCAGGAGGCUUAGGGGGCUUCGGUACCUUCGAAUUUAUGGUAUUAAUGUCAGCUCUGCUAAACGGAGGUGGUUUGAGCGGUAAUAAAAUUCUUCUGCAUGGUUUUUCAUCAUAUCAACUUUUUAAGGGCACAAUUAAAAUGCUCGCGACGACAGAUCUUUGCCAGCAUAAUCAUUUGGAAUUCCAUUCUGAUGCAUCGGCCCCUUCCAGAGUUAUUGAGGAAGGAUUUCAAAUCCCAACGCUCUACGAUAAAACUACAAAAGUCAACAUCCUCAGUAAAAUGUCUAUCUCAUCUUAUGAGAUACUGAAAAUGUACGCCAAAGAGACUAUGUCAAUGCUCAAUAACGUGGUGCAGGAUCAAUUCUCCAAUAUUUUCUUAACAAAUAUCAAUAAAAUUGAAAAUGUCAAGUACGAUUUCUGUUAUGAUCUACAGCUACCAGUUAAUGGGAAGAAUGACCCAGAGUUUUUAUUGAAUUCUAAAUUCGGUCCGAUGGAAAAGAUAAGGUUCAUUACCUUGGAGAAUUUUCUUGUGAAUAAGAUUGCUAAUGUCAUCAAAAUCGCCCUGGGUGACAGGGUCAAGUUCGUUGAAAUCGAGCUUGAUGGCCAGAAAGACACGUUUCCUAUUACCAAAAGGAAGAUUUACCACGGUUCAGGCAAUUAUCUGAACUUGGAAUCAGUCAAGAUCAACAUAAUCAACAAUCCGGCAGAGAGUGAAAAGCUUGUAACAAAAGGACCAGUACAUCUGGAGGAGCCAACACCAGAGGCAAUUGCGUUCAAGAAUUUUUGGGGUCCAAAAGCUUCGUUGCGUCGCUUCAAAGACGGAUCAAUUACGCAUUGUUGCAUAUGGAGUACAUCAUCUUCCGAGCCUAUUAUUUCAUCAAUCUUGGGUUACGUUUUGAAGAAGCACAUAUCAGAGCAGGCAAGCAUCAAAAGUGAUACAACGAAAUAUUUCCAAAACUUAUUACCAUUACCAAACUUACCAGCUAGCUCUAAGAUAUCAGUUUUGAACCUGACAAGUUUUUACAACAUCAAGAAAUCAUUUGAUGAUCUCUAUCGACUCAUUUUUGAGAUCGAAUUGCCUCUCUCCUUAAAGUCCAUUUUACCAGUUGGGACAGCAUUCAGGUAUACCUCCCUAUGCCAACCAGUUCCUUUUGCGUAUUCAGACCCUGACUUUUUCCAAGAGGUCAUAUUGGAAUUCGAGACCUCCCCCAAAUGGCCUGACGAGAUCAUGUCACUUGAGAAGUCAAAGGCUGCUUUGCUGCUAAAAAUCCAAUCCGAGCUAGAGUCCAAACACAAUGGCAAGUACAAAUGUUUCUUCACUCGAGAUGAGUCUAUUCCCAAUAAUUUGGACAUUACCUUAUUGAAUAUCCUAACUCCGGAAGGUUUUGGUUUCAAAAUAAGAGUCUUAACUGAGCGUGACGAGGUUCUCUACCUACGGGCCAUAUCCAAUGCCAGACAAGAACUAAAGCCCGAGCUUGAAAAAACAUUCCUAAAGUUUACAGCCAGGUAUCUGGCUUCCAUAAGACACACAAGAACAAUUGAAAGUAUCUCGCACUCCUAUCAAUUUUACUCUCCAGUUGUUCGAUUAUUCAAGAAAUGGCUUGAUUCCCAUUUACUUCUGGGGCAUCUCAACGACGAAUUAGCUGAGUUAUUAGCGAUAAAGCCAUUUGUGAACCAUGCUCCAUAUUCUAUUCCAGGUUCCGUGGAAAACGGUUUUCUGAAAGUCUUGAAGUUUAUCAGCGAGUGGAAUUGGAAAGAGGAGCCACUGGUCCUGGAUCUAACACGACCAGAUGACGAGUUCGAAUCGGUUGAUGAGCAAGGUGAGAACGGACUUGAUGCGGCCACUUUGAACAAGCUGUCUGAGAAACUGUCCCUAGCUCAGUAUAAGGGAAUUCAAUCCAAUUUCACAAAUCUCCGCAAUGGAGAUCCCAACGGGCUUCAUCUUCAGUUUUUCGUGGCCUCCAAAAACGAUCCCAGCGGUAUCCUCUACUCUACUGGUAUCCUGUUACCUAUUGCCACCAGACUGACAGCACUGGCGAAGGUUGCAAUCAACCUAAUUAAAACUCACGGCGUAAAUAAGCAAACGAUCGAUUUGCUGUUCACCCCUGCCUUGAAGGAUUACGAUUUUGUUCUCAGUCUCAAGACCCCAGUACCUUUGAAGUCCUCAUCGGGUAUUGCCAACGCUUCAGAAUUCAAAAACAUAACGAAUGACCAAUCGUCCCGCAACUUCCCAUCAGACCUUUCUCAGUUAUCUGAAAGAAUGGAUCCAACUUUCCAUCUGGUAAAGUACCUUAACAUGAAAUAUAGGAAUAGCAUCAUAUUCUCCAGUCACAGAUACAUCGGUGUCCACGGGGCGGACAAGGGAGAUAAGAACGUCGUUACUGGACUGAUAAAGCCGUUGUUCAAGAAGAAUCAAAAGUUCAGAGUCAACUCAGAUUGCAAUGUCGAGCCCGUCGAUGAUCAGAACGUUAAAUUGAACAAGAACGCAAUAUUCCAUGAGAUUGCAGCCUUCUCAAAGGAACUUGCAGUCAAGUUUGAAAGUCAGUAG